AUGGCGACCAGAUCUGCGGUCGUGCUCACGGUGGUCUCGAUAGCGCUGGCCGCGGCAAUUUUCUACCACUUCAACUUCCGCCUGGUACCGUACAUGCAACCGCUGAUGGACUCAUGCGGCCUGGCCGGCCCACCAAAGGGCACCCCCAGGCCUUUCUUCAAGCUGGGCAACGCCUUCCUCGACGGCCUCCACUGCCUCAUCACCCCCUUCUUCCUGGACUGCGUCGGGCAGCCCGCGGGGCGCUUCUGGGUUCUGCAGACCCUGGCGACGGCCACGCCCGUGGUGAGCCUGCUGGCAGUCGAGGAGUCGCGAUCCUCGGCCCGCGGCCUGGUGCGCUGCGUCUUCCUGGUCCUGGUGGUGGCGCAGCUGCUGGGCGUCAGCGUGGCGCUGCCGGCGCUGUGGCUGCCCUGCUACCUGCUGCUGUCCAAGCACAGGGUGGAGGGCGCCUUCCUGCCCGCUGGGAAGGUCCCCGCGAUCGCCGCCCAGGCCGCCAUGGCGACCGCUGUCACCCUGCCGCUCGUCUACGCCACCCGCUUCCCCGAGGCCGCCCAGCCGCCGCUCAUCGCCGGCUUCAACCUCGCCGUCCCCUGCCUCGCGCUGCUCUGGACGCUCGCGCCCGGCGGCGCGCGGCCCGGCAACGCGGCGGCGGCGGGCGCGCUGCGCUUCGUGGCGCUCAUCGGCUUCGCGGCCCACGCCCUGUCGGUGGUCGACCUCUUCGUGCUGUCCCACGGCGGCGACGCUGACUCAGCGCGGCGCGAGCUGGCGGCGGUCGCGGCGAACGCGUCCGCCGACGUCAUGCCCGCGAAUUUCAUGAUGUAUGACUUCCUGGGGGUCCUGGGGUCCGCCCUGAUAUUUGUGUUGGCAGAGGAAGGGCUGGCGGGGGCGGGCGCCUUCCUGGGCCUCAGCCUGCUGGCCGGCCCAGGCGCCGCGUUCGGCCUGGCGUGCGCGCGGCGGGAGGCGCGGCUUGCGGCCGGCGCGGCAAAGGCGCCGCUGCCGUGCGGGGCGCCGGCCGUGGCCGCGGCCGCCAAGCGAGACUGA